AAAUCCCUUUUCUCGAGGCACCAGUAGCGGUAGUCACGAGACGAAUCUGUCUCUUCUUGCUCUGAACCGUCCGUCUCCUUGGCCUGAUCCUAUUCUAGACCAGACUCGUCGUCUCCGUGCGACGCUUCCAGAGUCUUGCUCGUGUGCGCUGCGUCUUUCCAACCAUUUCUCCACGGAAAGGGUAGGAAAAGCAGAUGGAUUCGACGAAGCCGAAGCGGGAGUCAUGGGCGGAUUCGGCGGAGGAGGAGGAAGCCGAGCAGAAGGAGGCGGAGCUCAAGGCGGCGGCAGCGGCGGCGGCGGCGGAGGUGGCGGCGAAGGAAGCGGAAGACGAUGAAGACGCGCCGCCAGGCCUGACGCCGCGAUCUGCGGCGAAGAACGCGGAAUUCGGCGAAAGCCCUGAGAAGGCGGCGGCGGAGUUGGAGUCGCUGAAGGUCAGCGAAGGCGUGGUGGACCAACCCGACCCGAGCAUCAAGACGGGGGAACUUAACGACGUGCCUGACGGGUCCGAGCACGAGAUUAAGAAGGUGGUUGCCGCAGAGACGCCCUACUCGUCCGCCAAGACAUUCGAGGAGCUCAACCUCUCAGAGCCGCUGCUGAGGGGCCUCUACUCCGAAAUGAAGUUUGAGCGGCCCUCCAAGAUCCAGGCCGUCACUCUGCCCAUGAUCCUGCUCCCUCCCAAUGCCAAUCUCAUCGCCCAGGCGCACAACGGGUCGGGCAAGACCACGUGCUUCGUGCUGGGCAUGCUGUCGCGAGUGAAUCCCCAGCUCAAGACGCCGCAGGCCCUCUGCAUUUGCCCCACGCGCGAGCUGGCCCAGCAGAACGAAGCUGUAUUGCUGCGCAUGGCCAAGUACACGGGCAUCACGUGCGCGUGCACGGCGUCAGAGGGCACCGGCACCAUCGUGUCGUCCUCGGAGCAGACGAGGCUGGGCGACCAGGUGGUCAUCGGCACCCCGGGCACGCUCAAGCGGUGGAUGACUAAGGACCGGAUUUUACCAGUGAAGAACAUCAAGAUCCUGGUGUUUGACGAGGCGGACCACAUGCUGGACCAGGACGGGUUUCAAGACGACUCCAUUCGAAUGAUUCAGUUCAUCACUAAGAGCAACCCCACCUGCCAGAUUCUACUCUUCUCUGCGACGUUCAACGAGCGAGUCAAGAGAUUCGCUCAGCGAGUCGUGCCGAGCGCCAAUCAAGUUUACGUGCCCAAGGAGCAGCUGUCGCUGGACGUGAUCAAGCAGUACCGCGUGCGUGUGCCGUCGCGGGACGCCAAGGUCGUGGUGCUCAAAGACAAGAUCUUCCCCGCUGCCGAGAAGCUCGGGCAGUCAAUCAUUUUCGUCAAGACCCGCGAAACUGCCCGGGAUCUGCACAGGAGGCUGGAGGCGGAUGGGCACAGGUGCACGUCGAUUCAGGGAGGCAUGUCGCAUGAGGAGAGAGAUGACGUCAUCAGGGAGUACCGGAGUGGCACCACCAAGAUCUUGAUAGCCACUGACGUGCUCGCCAGAGGCUUUGACCAGGCGCAGGUGACGCUGGUGGUGAAUUUCGAUCUGCCCGUGAAGAAUGCGCCCCCCAACGAGCCCGAGUACGAGACGUACCUCCAUCGAAUUGGUCGUAGUGGGCGCUUUGGCAGGAAGGGUGCGGCUUUCAACCUGGUGUGUGGGGAGAGAGACGAGCGCACACUAAAUAAGAUCGAGAAACACUUUGACCGAGUCAUUCCUGAUGUGCAAUGGGACGAUGACGAUGCCUUUGAAAAGGUGCUCAAGGAGGCUGGCCUGGCUUGAGACACGCAACAUUUGGGCCAUACAGCACUGUUUGGUCUGGAUGCCAUGGGUCGUAUGGCAUGCGUCAGGUGCCAUGCGUCACAUGGGUAGUCUGCCGUGGGCUACAUGGAGCAUGAUGCUGCAUGGGCCACACCAAAUGAGCAUUACACUAUGCACAGGCUCAUGGCCCAUGCACUCUUUGUAUUGUCUCGUUGCUCCGUGGACAGUGGUUUACACACCUCUACUAGAAAAGGUCAGUAGAUUUGCCUGUUGCAGAGUGCCCACCUACAAACCCUAUCCGGUCACCUUGUAGCUCUGAGUUCGGUACGAUGCAGAAAUAGCGAGCAUAGAACGUGUCAGUAAGCUCUAUCCGUUCACCUUCAUCUUGAACUUUGAUCAUGCAUAUGUUCAUCUUCACACAUGAAAACGUGAUUACAACUCUGUAACGAGUACAGAUUCACAACC